UACACUGCACUCUAUUGCCUCUCUCUUUCGGUCGUCACCUCUGAUUGAUUCAUCGGGAAAUGCAGAUUUGAACAAUGUCAGCUUCUGGGUUUGCUAUGAACAUCGCGGGGGACCACGCCCAGGUCGUCCUGAUUUCAGUUUUCGUGGCUGUUCUCUGCCUAUGUUUGGUCAUCGGUCACUUGCUCGAAGAAAAUCGAUGGCUCAAUGAAUCCACCACUGCUAUUAUCAUCGGAUGCAUAACGGGAACCAUAAUCUUGUUGUUGAGCAAAGGGAAAAGCUCUCACAUCCUAAGGUUUAAUGAAGAACUGUUCUUCAUAUAUCUCCUCCCACCCAUAAUAUUCAAUGCCGGGUUUCAGGUCAAGAAGAAACAGUUCUUCCAAAACUUCAUAACCAUUAUGCUGUUUGGAGUGAUAGGUGUUUUUAUAUCCUCAUCCAUUAUUACAGCUGGAGCCUGGUGGCUGUUUCCUCGGUUUGGAUUUACCGGUCUGAGUGCACAAGACUAUCUUGCUAUAGGAACAAUUUUUUCAUCAACAGAUACAGUGUGUACACUGCAGGUUCUGCAUCAAGAUGAGACUCCUUUACUAUACAGCCUAGUCUUCGGAGAAGGAGUUGUGAAUGACGCAACAUCGGUUGUUCUGUUCAAUGCAGUUCAAAAGCUUGAUAAGAGCAAACUUAAUGGGUGGGCAGCACUUCGAGUGCUUCUGGAUUCCUUAUACCUGUUUUCAACAAGCACUGCUCUUGGAGUCGUUGCUGGGCUUUUGACAGCAUAUACCCUUAAAACCUUGUAUAUUGGAAGACAUUCAACUGUUCGUGAAAUUGCUUUAAUGGUUUUAAUGGCAUAUCUGUCCUACACGUUGGCUGAGUUGUUUCACCUAAGUGGGAUCCUCACCGUCUUCUUCUGUGGGAUUCUCAUGUCACACUAUGCAUCGCAUAAUGUGACUCAAAGUUCAAGAAUCACAACCAGGCAUAUAUUUGCAACAAUGUCAUUUAUUGCAGAAACAUUCAUAUUUCUUUAUGUGGGAAUCGAUGCUUUGGACAUUGAGAAGUGGAAGCUCAGCAAGUUAAGUUUCAGGACUUCGGUGGGCAUCUAUAGUACUGUAGUUUUACUAAUCUCGCUUGGCCGUGCUGCAUUUGUAUUUCCUCUGUCCACCUUCUCCAAUUAUGUGCAUAGACGUGCUGAUAGAUUGUCAUCAAUUUCGUUCAAACACCAGGUAAUAAUUUGGUGGGCUGGGCUCAUGAGAGGAGCUGUUUCUAUUGCUCUAGCAUUCAAACAGUUCACAUACUCGGGGGUUACCUUGGAUCCAGCUAAUGCUACAAUGGUUACUACCACCAUAAUAGUCGUGCUCUUCACAACGCUGGUGUUUGGUUUUCUGACAAAGCCGCUUAUAAGUUUUCUGCAACCUCACCAUACAAAUAACAAUACCAGCCAUGGGGAACCAAGAUCACCCAAAGAGGACCUCAGCCUGCCUUUGCUAUCCUUAGAAGAAUCUGCUGAGACUAACAUCCUUCGAGCAAAGGAGAGUUUGUCCAUGCUAAUAGAAAGGCCAGUAUACACCAUACAUAACUACUGGAGGAAGUUCGAUGAUACGUACAUGAGACCAGUAUUUGGUGGGCCGUGUAGAGAUCAGUCUGCCUGCUAGGUGACUUAAAAGCUAACUUAGGAUUCUAAUAAUGUAAGCCAUGAUGGGAUUUUAUAUGAGAGUUUGCCUUUCUUUUUUUAAUUAAA